AGUCUGCGCUGUGUUUGUAUUUUCUUUCCAGCUUUGACGUACCUCACGUGGGAAGCACUGGACAUGAGCGAGAAUUACGGAUUGUAAGGUGCGCCAAGUCAAGGCGAAUCACCAAAAUACGACGAUUUCGCCCAAGCCUCGGACUGCUACGCUGCCAGGACGGGCUGUCGAAGGUGGACGUUCCUGUGUGUUUAUGAAUGAACGAAUGUUUUUUUCAAUGCAUGGGCUCUAGCUACGACCUGAAACUCUUGGACUAUGACUACGUGCUGGCACAAUAAUUUGACGUUGGGGUCACAUAGGUACUUGGUGUAAUCGUGUAAUUAAUUGCCUAGUCCACGAGAAAGUCAAGCAUUCAGCAGCAGGAUGGCGGCGCUUGUGGACGGAAACGCGAACCGAAACUACAAAGUCCACACUGCGCAAUCGUUCAAUCCAAUUAUUUAAAUUUAUUGCAAAUUUCAAAAAGUGUGAGCGCAACGAAGACUUUAAUGAGAUUUUUUUGCAAGAAGAUAAUGUGAGUUGAUAGUCUGACAGCGAGAAAGAAUACUCAACCGAUCCACGACAAUCCAUGCCAAUCCGCGCUGUCCGUCGUUUGAUGUAGUUUCUGAUGGUUUGUGUCAUGUGAGUUUGUGGUCCAUGGUCUUGACACUCUUGUAGUAAUGUCACGCGCUGUUCUGUGACGGCACUCCUUGCUUCGGCAUCGUAGCGUUUCAUGACAGCUCUGUUUUAGGGUCGACGUUUUUUUGGUGGGCGUUCCCAGUGUAACUGUCCGUCGUCAUUUGAUCGGUUUGACGUGGUGUAAACAGUCACUCUUCCUUGCACUCACGCGUUGUCUCAGUGAGAGUCAAUGCAGACGCCCUCCGACGCAAUGGAGCAGGGUACGGCGGCGAUAACCUGCAGCAUCAGGGGUUGCCCCAACGAAUUCGUACUGAGCGACCCGUCGCAUAUACUGUACGUUUGCACCGCGGACGACAUCCAAUGCAAGGAGUGGCUCGCCGUGAUACCCAAAGUGUCACUCAGACUCGUGGACGAUAAACUGUGCGUGUGUUCGCUGCACUUCGACGAUGGAGUGAACGUCAGCGGCGGCGCCAUGCCGACCAUCUUUCCGCCAGUACCCAGUCUGGGUGCGAGUACGAGCGAGCCACAACCGCAGCAACAGAGCGAGACGCAGGGCAGGGAACAUGCUAUGGCUGGUCCGGCGACAACGAUCAAGCAGGAACUAGUUGACUUCGAGGAUGGUGCACUGCGAGCCCCGACGGACUUCUCGGGGAAGAAGCACCCCCAGACUGCGGCAUUUGAUGCUGUGAUUGCGGAGGUAGUUGGUAUCCGGAAGGCCGUGGAGCGGAUGGCUGACGCACAGGAGCUUAUUGCAUCAUUGGUUGCAGCACACUGCGGAUUGACGUAGUGUUUUUUUUUUGUGUUUGGCUUUGUUUCUUCACCAAGUGGGCCUAGUUGCAAGCUGCAUAGCAUGGAACCAGUGACACAUCUGGAAGCACUGCAAAGAAAAGUCUGCUGUAUUGCCUCCUAUGCAUUUUCCUCUGCCGUUCUGACGGAAUGACUUCUUGCCAAGCUAGCUGGUGCAUAUGAGAAAGCUUGUGCAACGAAAGGAAGUUAGUUCAAGUAGAGAGACUUUGUGCAUCCUAACUUCUUGAAUGGUCUUUGUUUUUUUGUGACGGUUUUCUUGCUGCAGCUGUCACAUUUUAUUGCGGAGAACAUAGAACUGUGCAAGCAAUCCAUGUUUUUAUGGAAGCCUGUUGACGCUUGAAUGGCUGGCCCUAUCAAAAUGGUAAAGGUGGCAGCUCAAUUUCUAUUCCAGGUGAUAGCGUGGCCUGUGUGUUAUUGCUGUGAUGACCAUUUACUGGCAGUAUUGAUGCUUAGCUCUGUAUCAGCAAUGGCAGUUGUAGGCAGCGGAUGCUGUUAUUUGACGUACCUGUUGUCAAUAAGAACUGUUUCUAGUUGAAACAGUCAUGCCAACAAAAGCUUAUAGCACCACCUGUGAGACUUGCAUGAAGAUAGAGUGGUUGCCAGGAUCUAGGACCUCAGCAAUGCUGAAAUGUUGGUCAGUUGGUCACUAUGCUACACCUGCACUGAUACCGAAUAAUUGUUGGCACGUCCCAACGUAACUUCAGUGGCAUCGUAGGCUUUGCAGAAGGUUCAGCUGACUGCUAAACCCAUAGGUGGAGCUACAAACUGAAGGCGCAAUAACUUUAAUGCUGACAAAAAAAUAUUUUUGCAGUGUAUUUUGCAGUCUUCAAGUUAAUGUGGAUACGAAUUCACCUCAUUACAACAUUUUACUAUGAAGUGUUGCCCCGUGCCAUUUUGCACAGUUUUCUGUAAAAAUCAGGAUGCAUUUCCAUGUUCAAAGGAUAAAAGCAUGCUUAUUACUGUCACUUCACUUGACAUUUUUCCAUUGGAAAUCUUGGAAAAUAUUUUGGACCAGUGUCGAUUUCUCAGAGUGUUUCACAAUGCUAAUUUCAUAAUGUAUUGGCUGGCUUUAGCAGCUUGAAUAUGUGGGUCUUGUUUUGUGUGUGCAGCAAGCCGUAUUUCUCUGUGUACUGAAUCAUCUAAUGCGUUUACAUUUGUGCACUUUGUUUGUGCCCUGAACUUGUGUGGUUUGUUCUCUUGAUUUGUCUGUAUUUACUAUAACACAUAGCUGACUUUUUUAGAUAACGAAUAAUGUUGCACAGUGUGUUGCAGCAGUUCCAGAAGUUCACCGUUUAAAAAUGGUGCUUUUGUUGCAUAUAGCAGCGAGCAUCACUUAACUUGUAUGACCUGGCAGCUGUGUUAGGUUGGGACAGUUGGCUAGGUUUCAACACUGCUCAAACAGCUCUGUAGACAGGACUAAGUGAAUGAAUGACACAGGUGCUCGACUGUCAGCUGGUAUUUAUUCAAAGAAAGAUAUGUAGGUUCGUGUGGGAAGCUGGUGGCACAAUAACACAAUCAGGUUUAGGAGGCACAACAGCAUGUGUAAUUGAACAGUACGCUUGUAUUGAGGAGAAGUGCACAUCAAAGCCACUUGGGGAAAUUAUUGAAGCAGCAGAGGUAGCAUCGUUGGGCAACUUGCGUGUGAAUAUAGCGUCAGUGCACCUUACAUGCAAAGCUGAUGUUUCUUUCCUGUUCCAGAGGGGACGUGGGUGAUGUUGCAUUGCACAUUUCACCUCCACAUUCGCGUGCUUAUUUUGCUUUGUUUGGUUACUGUUACUUACCUUGACAUGCUGGAGGGGGGUAUCAUGAACAUGUAUGUGUUUUUCUAUGCAAACAUUUUGUAUUUCUCAUGAAGGGUGGCUGACGAGCACACGUUUGUGAAUAAUAUAUAUGUGUGCGUGUGUGUAGGAGGGGGGUUCCAUCAUUUCAGCACUGUUUAUAUGAUUUAGUGUUUGCUCUUGAAGUGCAGUUUUCUUGCCACUGCAGGAAUGGUGCUUAGUGCUAACAGCCCUGGCAUGCCUUUGCAUUCAGCAACCGAUGAUGACAGGGAGGAAACCGAGGCAUCAUCAACUGACAUGGGCAGGCUCUUCAAGUCCCGGUGGAUACCGCGUCCCUGCCUGAUAUUCAGGAAGCAGAGGAUGGUGAAGCUGUUCUCCUGCCACCUCUGUUCCUUCUCCACGAUAUAUGCCUACAAGCUUAAGAACCACAUCGGAGCUCACAGCGGAGAGCGACCGUUGUGCCACGUGUGCCUGCUUUCGUUUUCAGACAUGUACGGCCUGAGACGGCACAGCUUGACACACACGGGAGAAAGGAAGUACAAGUGCAAUCUGUGUUCCUACGCGUCGGUCACAGCCCCUCUCUUGGAGCGCCACUUGCGCACCCACACGGGCGAGAGAAAUUUUCCGUGCAGCCAGUGCCCCUAUGUAUGUGCGAGGCAAGAUACCCUGAAGAGGCACAUAGAUAGGGUGCACAUUCGUGAAAUCAAAACCGAGAAUGAGCUUAUGUAAUUUGUGGAAUCAGCAAAGCUACAAAGUUUAAGAGCAGGUUGGUUUGGUGCUGGUGCUUCUCUUAGAAAGUGGCAAGCUUUCACUCGACCAAUGCCAUGUUACUGCCAUGUUAGGUCGAAGAAGUGUUCCGGUCGUAUGGCUCAAAAUGAGAAAAAAAAAAAUGCUGGCAAGUUUAGACGUUGCAGUGAUAUAGUACUGGGCCUCUUGCAACUAUGAUUUCUUUUAGUCAUUGCGCUUCCGUGCUCUUGUUUCCAUAGCUGUGGGACAUAGCAAGGGGUGGCUGUUCGAUAUGUAGAGCCACAGAAAAAAUGCUUCUUCUUGCUUAUGUCCAGUGGUAACAACUUUCCUGGCAGAUUUCUUUUCAAGAACAAUGAAACCCGUAUUGCCAGAACAAUGCACUUGGCAAAAUUACCACUAAUAGGGAUAUGUGAAUAAAACACGUAAUUAUGUUGCAGUAGUUGUGCAGCAGAAAUAAUUACAUACUGCAUGUAUAUAGCAGUUGCACUGCAUCAAUAAAACAUGUACAAUUGCCAAAAGCUCACACUAUUCAAUGGUCUAAACAGAAUUUGUAGACUGCCACAUCUCCAGGAAGGUUGUUCUAAUCCGAUAUUGUCAUGGGAACAAAAUAAUGUGAAAUGUAUUUAUUAUCCUAAAGGUUGGCUGCAGAAAAUGAAUACCUGUGUGUUGCUUGCAUGUUGAACCAGAAGAAAGUUUGAAUGCUGCAUUAUGGCUAAAGAGAAAGCUUGAAUACCACGUUAUUGCUUAUAAAAUGCCAUCUUAAGAACUCUAGUCUAAGUGUUUAUGUACUGCAUCAGAUGACUUCAUUGAAAGGUUGAGUGGUUAAAAGAGGAUAAAGGGCAAAUAAGUGCAUUUUUUGUAGUAAUGAAUAUGUUAGUUUCAUAAUUCUCUGACGAAAAGAAAGACUGAUUGCCAAUAUUUAUGGCAUAUUGUGCAACGCUUGAGUGCAUUUUUAGAGUGCACGAAAUUGCUGGUGUCGCAACAGUGCUUCCAGGGGAGCUCCUGUUUGUACAAGAGGAAGCCCCUUUAAUGAGUCGCGACAUCCUAGUCUGCUUGUGCUACUAUGCUUACUGAACAUUUAUUGAAGUCAGAUAAAGGAACGCUGUUUGUGUUCAUGCAAUUACUCUGUUUUAUGAUGUACCAUAUUUGUUCGAGUAUAGGUGACCUUUCCUUUAGAAAAUGUUACCCAUAAUGAGCUAUUAACCUAUAUUCAUGACCAAAGAAUCUGGACUUACAUUUGUGAACAAAGUUAGCAAAAGUACUGAUCUAAUGCAGUUAACUCCGUCGUGCCUGCCAGUCUGGAGAUUAUCCGAACUGGCUUUAAGAAAUGCUGCAUAUCCAAUGAAUGCGCUUAACGGCCGACGUCUUUUGGGGUGCUGAGGACGCCUGCGAAGUAUUCAACGAGGACGACUUCCCGGGCAGUUGUGAUGAGGAUGCAGCUUGUGGCAUUGACUAGUGAUAUUUUGUGGCCGAGCUUAUAGCAAAUGUUUGUCAUGUUCGAACUAGUAUUUCUUAAAAUAUAAGGGAUGACCUAUAUUCGAAUUAAAAUUGUUUUUCUUUUUCUCCUAUAUUCGUGUUCGACAUGGUUUCGAGUAGAUACAAUGGUUUGAAAAAUCACAAAUUACAUACGUGCAUCGAAGGUAGAUGUAAGCAAGUGAGCAUACAAAGAAGACUUGCUCAUGGUGAAUGUUAGUGCCUGUGCUCAUGUCACCAUGAGCACCACCCACUGUGCCACUGUCAUUUGUACUCGGGGCCGCAGUAGUGGAAUAAAGUGCGUGAAGGCCUGUGGUUGUUCAUCAAGUUGCGAUCACAAUGGGAGAAAUUGGAAUCUGGCUGAAACUAGGUGCGAGAAAUUCUCCUCAUGGGCUAGGUUGUUUUUACAUGGUAUACAAGCAUAGUCGUUGCAGAGCAAGGCAUGUCCAGGCCCCAUUUUCAGUAUUGGAAGAAGAUGGUGUACUUCAAUUUUUCCUUUAUUUGUUGUGCUUGUAGACAGUAAUAUUCGAGAAAAUGCCAGUUUGACCUUUUAUGUACAUUGAGAUUUCCUUAGUAUGAUGUAAGUGCUUGCUGCAAAGGAAGCAAAUGUGCCUCAUUCCCGGAUUCAGUUUGAAGAAAGUGCAAAAGUAAGAAUGCACUAAGCAGGGGAAAACAUCGAUGCAUCUGCAUCCUUGUCUUUCCUUGCUUUGCGUUUUUUUUCCUUUCUCAAUAUGAAUUCUAACUUGUCCAUUUGCAGUUUUCAUUCCAAGUUUCGUCUAUGUUUUUAUGAUGCAUUUUGUUGUCUGACCACUGGAUAGUUGACAUCGGUGCUUUCCUAGUAAAAUAUCACUUCACACUCUUUGAUUAUAAAUUUUAUAGAGAAAUUGGCCAGUGAAAUUCCACAUCACUUGUUAGCAUUGCUAGGCAAACAAUUUUUGGUUGUCUCUGCACUUGUGGCAUUUUCUUGAUUUUGAAUUUAUCUUUAUUAUGAGUGGAUUGAUGGUUUCUGCCUGUGAGAUGGUACUUUGCUUGCUUCAAAAACCCAACGUGGCCACGAUUGAUUCAGAGCCCCCCUUUUCCCUUACGGUGUCUUGUAACCAGCUCUGCAGCUUCAGGAGUGUUUAACACCACAGUUUGCUUUCACCUGUUUUCAUGUCAUCAGUGCAAUCAUACGGAGCUGUGUGAAUACAUAUUUGCACUUCUCAAAGGUUCUGCAUGCCUUCAGAGCAUUUGAGCUCUAGUGUGCUGGAGCACACUGUUCGGUCUGUUUUUGAUCAUUUAUUUUCUGUUUUGCCUAGUGUUGUGCCACUUUUCAGUUUACUUGCAUGUUGUGUUCAAGUUAUACGUAUGUCUCCUCCUUGGCUUUUUAUUCCUAAAUGCCAAAGAAAUGUUGCAGCUCCAACUGAAAAAUAAAGGCAUUAGAAUGUUGUCAA